UUGCGUUGGCAGUCAGUCUUUACCCAUCUGUUUUCUCUCUGGACGCGCACCGUGGAGCUCGGAAACGGAACGGAGCCGGUAUGAAACGUCCUUUCAGCCAAUCAUCUUGUCUAGUACCUGAACUGGAAAGGAACGGAGUUAGCAGAGGACAAGUAGUGCAAAUGGACAGUGAGUCUUGCUUUGAGAUCCAGGAUGAAGGUGAAAAACUUCAUGACCUGUCACUGGGGGGCACUCUGCAUUCUUCACCCUACAGCGCUAAAAGAGAGCGGAAGCAGCGGACAUACACGCUGUGUGAGGUCUGCAACAUCCAGCUGAACUCAGCUGCCCAGGCCCAGAUUCACUACAAUGGCAAAUCACACCAAAAGAGGUUGAAGAAGCUCGGCAGUGGCAAAAUGCCAGGCAUCACAGUGUCAAACAGAAAGGCUGGAAAGAAAUCUGAACUUUACUCCCAGAAGUCAGAACAGAGUGGUGUCUGUGGGAGAGAAACUCAACACACGGGUACAUCUACCCAGGGCAACUCGCUCCUUGCUUCUCUCCCCGUGCCGGGGCGGCCUCUGCAGCCUCAGCUCAACCUCAAACACCUCCUGCCCUUCAGACUUAAUGGAUCCUCACCCCUUAGCCUCUUUCCAAACUUUAAUACGAUGGACCCUGUCCAGAAGGCAGUGAUUAAUCACACGUUUGGGGUCCCUCAGCCACUUAAGAAGAAACAGAUCAUCUCCUGCAACAUUUGCCACCUGCGCUUCAACUCGACGAACCAAGCAGAGGCCCACUAUAAAGGCCACAAACAUGCCCGGAAACUGAAAGCCAUGGAGGCCCAAAAGAACAGGCAGCGACGAGGUGGGGAGACCUCAACCACAGGGAAGGAGCGGGACCGAGACCGGGAACGAGAUCGAAACAAGACAUCAUCUUCUGAUGCAGCUCUUCCGGCACCUAUGGACAUAAGCUUAGUAAAAGAAACAAGUCUCCAGUUUGAUGUGGAACCAUCCAUCCUGGAGGGAAAACUGGAAGAGAGUCCCAGGAGCUCUGUCAUGCUGACACCAGUGUCCGAGGUUUCCUCUGUGGAGCUGGUCACGCUUUCCUCUCCUCAGAUUUCACCUUCCUCGCAGCUCACAGAGACAGCGUCGGAUAUCAGCACCCCAGAGGGUGCCGAGGUCACAGAGGCCACUGAGACCUCCGUAGCUAUAUGUCUGACCAGCAAGUCAGGUAGCGUUGCAGACCCAUCCAUCACAACUGGGGAGCCAUGCAUGGAUGACAACAAAGACCCCAAGAAGAGCAAGGUUCACCUACACUGUCCCGUCUGUAAAGUCACAGUCAACUCCACCUCCCAAAUGGAAGCGCAUAAUAGUGGUACUAAGCACAAAUUGAUGCUGGAAGGUCACAGCGUUCUGCCGCGGCGUAGGGGCAAAGUAGUGGCAGCUCGAGCUGGCUGCAAGAGCAAGCGACUAGGGAGCAAAAGCAGCAUCGGGGUGCCUAGCAAGAACUUCCAGUGUGAAGUGUGUGAGAUCUUUGUGAAUUCUGAAACCCAACUUAGCCAGCACAUGAACAGCAGAAGGCACAAGGAUCGGCUGGCCGGAAAACCGCCCAAACCCAAAUUUACCCCCCACAGCAAAAGCCAGCCGAGCUCCAGCUUAGUGAACGUGAGAUGGAGUGGCUAUGCUGGUGUGGCUGUGUCUGCCAUGAAGAAAGCGUUCACCCAGUGCAACCUCGCCUCUCUCUCCUCGCAGACCAAACUGGCUUUGCAGAAACAGCUGACCAAGAGUUUGACAACUGGCUUCCUGCCCAGCCCCCUCACCCCACCAACUCUGUGCACAGUGGCGAACCCGCUGGCUCUGCGCCACCCGCUGGGCACCACCACAUUCAUCCACACCCCGUUUCUGGGCCCUGCACUGUUUCGGCCUGCCCCUGGGCCGCUGCGGCCCUCACACACACCCAUCAUCUUCUCCCCCUACUAAGGACUUAACCGACCUCCCAGUUAAGCUUUAGCCCUGUCUCUUUACCAAAUCCAAGGCCCUCGUUUUAGUGUGACCACACAACAAAGGUCACAUCCAAACUAUGCAGCCCAUCUAUCUUAAAAUAGGAAGAGUGCACAAUUUCCAAUUUAUCACCAGGCCUGAUGGCCUGAGAGCUCUUCUCAUCAUAAAGGCCAAGAUCCCCCAUCAUGCCUUCUUUCUGCUCCUUUUAUGGUGACCUUAGGAGCAGCACAGGCCUCCAGACAGUGACUGGCAAAAUGAGGCCGCUUUUAUAGCCAUUUCAUGGGUCGACAUGGUUUAAAUUAUGAAUAUUAUUGUGUAAUUUAUUAGAAAACAUAAAUAGAUAAAUCUAGAUGUAUGUUUAGUGUGGUUGCCACAAAAUAAGGUCCCUUUACUUGAUGCUCUUAUAAAACCUUUUUAUCUUAUAUGUUUGGUCGUUGUAGGUCCUUAAACCAGCUGAAGCAAAGCCAUGUGUGUAUGGCUGCAGAGGCCAGUCUCACUUAUCAGUGUUUUCAGCUGACAGACUUAAGCAAUGCUGUUGCAUGGUGUUGUGGAUAUGGUAAAAAACCAUACCACAUCUUAGCUUAAAGGUAGAGUUCAGAAUUGUAUUGUUACAUUUUGUUAAAAGGUUAAAAGGAGUUAACGUCUUACCUGCAGUAGAUAACACUCUUAAGCUGCAAUCACACUGUUUUCUAUCUCACCGUUUAGGCAGGCAUAUUGAAAACCGUGUUUAUAUGAGUGUAAACGGGACAUAAUUAAGGUGAUUUUGCAGAACAUUAUGUCCUGUCAUGUCUUUGAAGUACAUGUGUCACUUUUGUUGCCCUUUUGCUUUGAAUAGUGCAUGUGUCUUGUAACAGUGUGAUAGUGUAAUAUAGUCCUCUGCUACAUCAGGAUGGUGUACGUGUUUUCAUACCAAAGACUCAGCUGAUCUGGGAAUGACAUUUCAAUGCUCUACCACUACCAGGGGAUCAGAUAGUUUUUUGCCAAAUUAAUCAAAGAGUAGGUCAUUCCUUCAGUUUCAGUUCCUCAGACAAAGCAUUUUCAUAGGUAUUAUUCAGUAAUAUUUGAGUAGUAGUUGUGUAAAAUACUGUAGAAGCGGGACACAUGUACAAUAUACAUGGCAUGCGAGAGCUGCAGAGCUCAUGCUAUAGAAUAUUUCCACAUGUCCAAAAAACUCUGUGGCAGCCUGGUGUGACACAGAGUGUCAAAUACGUAGGAAGAUGACACUGGAGCUCUAUUCACCUAAGGCAGCAUUUUUCUAUGCUAUGAAAUGCAAGGCAGAUAUGCAGUAGUGUGACAAAGGUAUUACUGCAUUUAUUUAGUAUAAAUUUAGAUUAGUUGGUCCCAAGAUGAAGCUAGCAUAUAGCCUAAGGGAAGUCAACGGGGACUUCUACCAUCUGAAAACAACUGCAACCACACAAAAUGUCACAGCAGUUUACACAAAAUAAAUGUUAUCAACACUUUGGUCAGUUAUUUAUACAGAAGGUGGUGAUUAUUAACACAGGAAACAGAUGUGUGUUGUUUGCAUGCGUGGCUUCUCUCAAGGUGUUCCAGCCUCCUCUAACAUUUCAAAUACAUGAAUGUUAGAAUAAUUGCUCUCUAGAUUGCCCCUAGGAGUGUGUAGAUAUAUGGUUGUUUGCCUGUGUGACUCUGUGAAGCAUGUGAAGAACCAGCACCCCACGACCCUGCAAGAUAAGUAGAUAUCGGCAGGCGAUGGAUGGACGGAGUUGUUUUAGGAAGGUAUAAAGUAGGUCCUGGCCCCUCUCAGACUACCCAUUAACAUUAGACUCUGAAAUUAACUAAUCUAGAUUUAAACUAAAUAAGGAAGCCAAGAAAUAUUUUACUGAAGGUAAGAUAUUAGCUGCCUAUCAACCUUUUAACAGAAACUCACCUCAUAAAUUCCAAAUAAUAACUUUAAAGCUUCUCAAGGACAAAAGCAACACCUCACUGUAGGUCUAUAACUAUAUAUUGUCAGUGUUAAAAUGCAAAAAAACUGCAUCAACAAUAUUUGUUUCUUUCUUUUCAAGUAAGAGCCACACGCCCUUCACCCACAUUUUUAACUACACCCAGGAUUAAGCAGUCAUUAAGAUCCAAAAAAGGUCAACUUGUCAACUAGCCUUUCUUUCAGUUUCCAAAUCUGCCCUUUGGAAUCUAAAUUCUUGCUUCAGAGUAUUUCUCAUGCAGUGCUUGGGGUUAUGCUCUUCCUAAGGUAGCAGCAUGAAAAUAUUUUUUGCAGCUAUAGAUGUCUUAUCCUGCAAAAUUCCCUUUCGUUUCACUCCCUUCCUCACUUCUUUUCCUUUCACCUCACUGCCAUCACCUUGAUGUUAUCCCUGAUUUUCUUCUGCUGUGAUCUUAGUUUGAGCCGAUGAGGAGCAAGGAAAUGACUCACACAAUCAAAGCACAUAAUGAGAACACAAUGGAUAACUUGAAGAGUUGAUAGGAUUUCAGUGUUUAAUUUGAUGACAGCGUGUGGGAAGGCUGCUCAGCCACAUUGUGAUUGACAUCCCGGUGCAGUGUCUGAGAGUAGCAUGUGGGGGGGAUACAAAGCACAGUGCCAUGGCAACCACAUUAAAAAGCACCUUAAAGCUGGUUUGCUUACGAAAGCAAUGAAAAUUGUGUUGAUGUUCUCUUUUUAAUUUGUAGGUGUAUGUUUUAUAAAGUUAAGAGAAUUUUGCUUUGAAAAAAACCAAUCAAGUGAGAAUGAUCACAUUAUGGUUUAUCUGUAAUGGUGUCUCACAUUUAAAGCAAUACAUUCAUUAUGUUUAUGUCUUUGGUGUCAAUGACUUUAUCUAUUCUCUGCUGUAAACUCCUGAAACAAUGUAUUGUGUACCCCACCACAGCCAAGGCCAACUCUGGUUUGUUAGUGAAGAGUCAUCUGAAAUAAUAAGCUGCGAUGCUUGAUGCUCAUGGCUGGUCUCCACAUGAGAAUGGAAGAGGGGGGGAGCCUUUAAGCGCCAUAUGACACUGCCCCUUUACUUUUCAGUGGAGCAAUAGGAUCUCUAAGACUUCCACUGAGCAAAAAAAUUGUUACGUCAGAGACGAGUGAUGUGGAAUGUCACAUAUGCAGCGUCGACUUGUCAUUGUGCUGUUUGUGCUCGUGUGCCGGCUCCCAUGCAGGAUAUCUGCUGACAUUCUCCCUUUUCCUUAUGCCGAAAACAAACUCCUGGCUGGGUCUCAAAAAGAACUUGGAGCGCAUGUGUCAUCCUCCCUUCAACAUUCGUACUGAAUCAUGUUCUCUUAAAUUACAAGAACCUAUGCAUUUGUGCAAUGUGUGUACAUGUGUUUGACGCAGCAGUGCCACCUGUCAUAAAUAACCUGUAACUGCCAUUCAGUGCUUGUGCUUUAAGGAAAACCAUUUCAUACAAUGUGCAUUUGUGUUCUAAGGACUCCCAAGCCUUUCUAGGUUAGUAAAGCCGCCAGGUCUUCUCGCCAUAAUGAUGUGAUGGUUCUCUCCAGUCGCACUUCUCAGUGAACCAGCCAGCCUUUAAUCUUCACUGUUUGUUUCUUUCUAUUGCUCAGUGGGAAAUUUGACCUAGAUGACCAAUUUUCUUAAAUAAAAUAAUCCAGAAGAACCAGAUUAUAUGUAGAAAUAGAUUAAUUAUAGAUAUUUUAUCAGAGUUAUUGUUAUCUGUAUUAUAACUAUUAUAGAAGAAAGUAGAUUGUUAUUGUUCAAUCUCUGUAUGAAAACAGGGGUAGACUUUAUUUUUUUUUCUUUAUUUACAUGGUUUUAUCAACAUGUUUUUUAACGUACAACAGAAAAUAUUUAAAAUAAAAAGAUUUGAGUGAGCUUUUUUUUUCCACCAUGCUGGCAGUUACUGAAAAAAAAACACAUAAGAAUUUAAGGCCUUUUAUAGACAAUAUCCUGAAGUUGCAUUAAGUAGGCCUUCUCAGGGGUGACAGGUUGAGCAGACGUUAACAUGACCAUCCAUUCAGGAUAUCCCUCCAUAGCUCCAGAGAGGAGGAAACACUGUACACAUGGAUGAAAUGAUGAGAGAUAUGAUGAGCAAAUAUAGUUCUGUAAAUUAUAAGUAAAGUGGGAUGGAUUUGGGGAAAUAAAGCUUUUUCAAACUUG